CACAUAAAACUUAUUCGAGUUAGACGGCUUAAACUAGCCAGCUUCCUAUUCUGCUAACAGAUUUCCUGGUUUCAUAUAUGUCAGAAGUUUCUUCCAGUUACCGUAAAACCAGACAGUCGUAAGAUAAUGUUAUACAUUUGGUUUCUAUAUCUGUACAUUGUGUCAGUUUUUGGUCAGACUGACUUUAACCAUGAAGUAUUUCUUGAUAGCAAGGAAAAUUUACAACUGCUUUGGAGGAUAGAAGAAGAUACAAUUGUGUUUGAAGUUCGUGCUAACACGACUGGUUAUGUUGGGAUUGGAUUUUCAAGUAAUGGUGGAAUGAAAGGAGCAGACAUCAUGAUUGGAUGGGUUAACAACGGGACGCCCUACAUUUCAGACCGACAUGGCAUUGGAAAUGUAGAGCCAGAGAUUGAUAAUCAAGGUGAUUAUGAAUUGUUGUACGGAAAUGAGACAAAUGGUUUAACGAUAAUCGGAUACCAGCGUAAACUUUUAACCUGCGACAAAGAUGACUACGAUAUAACUAGUGAUACUGUGAGAGUGAUUUGGUCUUAUCAUCCCGAAGACCCCGAAGACAUGAAGGCAACAUACCACGGUCCGCAGCAGCGAGGUGUAAGAUCGAUCAUAUUCUUGGAUAUAAGACCUUCAAAUCUAAAAUCGUUACCAGAAGAUGUAAAAGCAUUUGAUAUAUUAAACAACAAUACUCUCGUACCAAGUGACAGGGCAACUACCUACUGGUGCACUCAUAUAGAACUGCCUGCGCUGCUAACACCACAUCAUAUCAUACGGAUUGAACCUAUAAUCCAGCCAGGAAACGAGGGUGUUGUUCAUCAUUUGGUUCUACGUUUGUGCUAUGGACUGCAAAACAUUAUUGGAAGUAACAGUUUGAACUGUGAAAUUAAUCUUAUGUAUCAGUUCAGGUUCUGUUCUAAAACAAUGUAUGCAUGGGCAGCUGGAGGUGGAGCAUUAGAUUUUCCAGAGCAUGUGGGAUUUCGGAUUGGUGUCGAUGAUGUUAGGUACUUACAACUCACAGUACACUACGAUAACCUACAGUUGAUUAAAGGUAUUCAUGACAGCUCUGGUGUACGUAUUUACUAUACCCCUGAGCUUCGAAAAUAUGAUUCAAGUAUACUGACGAUAGGUAUUCCGUCAUUUCGCUUGUAUGUGAUACCACCAAAAGAAAAUGCAUUUAAAGUGUACGGUUCGUGUGAUAAGCAAUGUUCAAAUAAGAUACUUACUGAAGGUGAUAUGAAAGUAUUUUCAGUCUUACUUCAUGCACAUUUAGCAGGAACUAGUAUGCGGUUAACACACUUUCGGAAUGGUGAAUACAUCGGAGAAAUUGCACGAGAUAGAGCAUAUGACUUCAAUUUACAAGAAGAAAGAAAGCUAAAAAAUCAAUGGAUCGUCAAACCUGGAGAUGACUUAUUUCUAGAAUGCACAUACAAUACAAUGGAUAGAGAGACAGUUACAUAUGGAGGCCCUGCAACAACAGAUGAAAUGUGCUUGGCGUUCUUAUCUUACUAUCCUAAAGCGAAUGCUGGGAUAUGUUACAACACUCCUAAUCCGAUUAACCUAGAAAAUCUUCUUAACUUGGGUGAUAUAAAAAACAACACUUUACGUCAAGCUAUUGAUGGUAUGGAGUGGACUGAUGAAAGAAAAGAUGCUGUCCGUCAGUGGUACAAGACGUCCCGAUUAGGAAAGUGCACAAAUCACUCUGUACAUUCAGUUUUUCCAGAAUAUACUUUACUUCCGGGAUAUAGCGAAUAUGUCGAGACGGAAAGUCUGGAAUAUCUUAUCAAUUUACAAAGCCAAAUUGUUGAACAUGACAAGUGUUCAGCUGCUGUGAAUUUAAAAGCAGCUUUGCUGAGUGCUGUCACAUGUGUAAUAGCUGUUACACUUUUCUCAAUAUAGGUAUAAAAUAUUGAGUUCGAUUUGAUGGUAAUUUUAUGGUUCAAGGACAAUUGAUAUGGAUCUAGUUGUCUUCCAGAACGCAUACUCUUAAACACCAUAUUGAUCUAGAAAAAAAAAAACGAUACAGUACAACGAUUACUUUAAUAGCUUCCUUUUAAACUAUAUAAAAACAGCAAAGGAAAACAACCUUGGAUCAAUCACAAAAUUUCACAUCGUGGACGGCCAUCAACUUAAUUGUUAAUUUUGAAACAAUAAGCUUAAUUACAUAAAUCAUUUAUUUAGCCCUAUUUCAUGACGAUCAGAGCGUUUUGCUUUUCUUUGUAUGUUUUUAACUAAUAUACUCAGUGGCGAUGAAAUACAUCUAACAGAAGAAAACCGAAAAGUGAAAAAUAAAUAUAUAAAAAUAAAUAAAAUAAAACAACACUUUGUAAUAGUACAAAACAUAGUAGUCUCUUCUUUUAAAAUCAAAAUUCUUCAAUUAUACAAAUUAACAAUGUUAUUUUGUAAAUGUUCAAACGCAAAUACGUCACGAUACUGUGCAAAUAUAAAUAUCCCUAUCCACUCA